AAUCUUUGAAAACUCUCUCUCUUGUACGUUUUGUUUGUUAGUAUCACUGUAGCAGUAACAGAGAGUUGAGGAUUUGCAUAAAUAUCAAUUGGAAUCGUGAACUGAUCAAUCUCAGCGAUGGAUACAUUACCAACAACAUCGUCGUCGAAGCGAGGUGGAGGAGGAGGAAGAUCAAAAAUCGUUCAAACAUCAAAACCUUCCCUCCUCUUAGCUUUCUUCUCUUGCGUCGCUUGGCUUUACGUCGCCGGCAGGUUAUGGCAAGAUGCUGAGAAUCGGAAUUUACUUGCUAGUCUUCUCAAAAAGAACUCAUCACAGAGGCCUAAGGUUCUUACGGUGGAAGAUAAGUUAAUGGUACUAGGGUGCAGGGAUCUGGAGAGGAGGAUUGUGGAAGCUGAGAUGGAAUUGUCGUUGGCCAAGAGCCAAGGGUACCUCAAAGGACAACGGCAGCAAACUGGUUCUUCUGACCGUAGGCUUCUUGCUGUUAUUGGAGUAUAUACUGGAUUUGGAAGCAAACUCAAAAGAAAUGUAUUCAGAGGGUCUUGGAUGCCUAGAGGUGAUGCCUUGAAAAAACUUGAAGAAAGAGGAGUGGUCAUACGUUUUGUAAUUGGUCGGAGUCCUAAUCGAGGUGAUAGCUUGGAUCGCAAUAUUAAUGAGGAAAACCGCUCAACAAAAGAUUUCUUGAUUCUUGAAAGUCACGAGGAAGCUCAAGAAGAGUUGCCUAAAAAAGCAAAAAUCUUCUUUAGUACGGCGGUUCAGAACUGGGAUGCUGAUUUUUAUGUGAAAGUUGAUGACAGUAUUGACAUUGAUCUCGAGGGUUUAAUUGCUCUUCUUGACCGUCGACGUGGCCAGGAUGGUGCAUAUAUUGGAUGCAUGAAGUCAGGAGAUGUGAUAUCGGAAGAGGGAAAGCUUUGGUAUGAACCUGAUUGGUGGAAAUUUGGGGAUGAAAAAUCGUAUUUCCGACAUGCAUCUGGUUCGCUUGUUAUACUUUCGAAGAAUUUGGCACAGUACAUUAACAUAAACAGUGUAUCUUUGAAGACCUAUGCCUAUGAUGAUACAACAUUGGGAUCAUGGAUGAUGGGCGUCCAAUCAACAUAUAUAGACGACAGUCGGCUUUGCUGCAGUAGCAUCAGUAAAGAUAAGGUAUGCUCGCUGGCUUGAUUGGAUGAUCCACAUGUUUCACUACUUGUCUCGGAGUCUAAAGAUCAGUGUCAGUUGAAGAUUAUGUUUACUCUUUUUGAUCCAAUACAACAUUGAGAGCUUUGCAGACAACCAAUAUAAUUCCUUUUUAUACCUACAAUGAUCUGUUCAUUCUUUUAGAUGUCAAAAUAGCGAAAUUAUGGAAGAUACCCUGCAUUAUGGAAGUGCUAUGAUCAUAAGCCUCCUCUGUUAUUAUUGUUUUAUACAAAACUUCUGCUGAUGAUCAAAUAUUGAAGAGGACAAAAUUCAAAGAAAGCAUAAGCGUUUAAUAUA